UGCCAUGUACAAUAAUAAAAAUUUAUGAUACUUACACAGCUUUUGUAUAGUUUAUUUUGAUAAAUAUUUUUGUAAGCAACCAUGGCGAUGGCUGAGAAGAAAAAUGAGUACCCACCAAGCGUGGAGGCAGACCGGAGGCUGUUGCCUUUUGAGACUUGGGAGGAGUAUUUGGACUCCCUCAUAGAAAUUGCUGAUCUGAGGAAUCUAAGGAGUAUCGCUUCUGCGAGGACCAUCGCUGCACUUGGUUAUAGAGCCAAUGGCGACACAUUGACCGAGAAAGAGUUCUACAAACGUCGCGCUGUGAUCCACGAGGUAGUGUUCCCAACAGCACGAGCGUAUGUGCUGGUCAGCGAAGGAGCUGAUGUGGAAGACCCCUUCAAUAGGGAGCUGGCCGUCAGAGAGCGGGCUAAUAGAGUUGGGAUACUACAGUCAAUAAUCUUCGUCCGCCACUUCACCAAAGGAGGCUUCGAGAUCUCAGGCUACAUAGACUACGCACACCGGCUCAUCACGGAGAACUGGGCUCCGUUCUUCAAGUCCAACAAGAUGCUGUGGCCAAGGGACACAGACCUGGGCUAUUACCACUGGCGGCAUGGCACUGUUAGGAGCAACAUGAGCAGGAAUUAUAAGCCCGUAAUGGACACGGAAAAGGGUUUAUUGUUCCAAAACCGGCACGACCACAAAAUCAUCUGCCCCGACCCCCAACAGGACCCAGGUCAAAACACCUCGAAGCAGAGGAUAUUUUCACCAAGGUACACCCAAAUCGAAAUUUACGACCACGUCGUUAGAAGAAAGAGCUAGAAGAAACAAGAAAUUUUCUAGAAUAGUAAAAUUGUAUGCAUCGAUUUGCAAAAUCUUGGCUUUGCUAUUUUCAAUAUUAAAAAAAACUGAUUACAAUUAAAAAUAAAACUU